AUGAAGUUCUGCAACUGGAUGCAGAGCAAGUUCAAUGGAGAUAAGAGACCUAAUUCUGUUCCUAUUACAAAUCAAAAAAAAAAAGAGCCACCAAAGGAAGAGUUCAGCGACUGGCCCCACGGCCUACUCACCAUCUGGACUUUUGGAAACACAGCCCGAACAGACAGCAAGGAAGAAAUCCAAGCAGCGGAGGAGCAAUGCUCAUCUCCUGAUCUCUCAGAAUUCACAGUUGAGGAAGUAUGGAAGCUGCAAAAGGAGCUAAAGAAGCUCCUAACGCGAAAGUCAUCUGCUGAGGAGCAGCCGGCUGAUUGA